AACCGAAGAGAGAAAAACUUGGCAAGAAGGGAAAAAAGGAUAAAUCAGAUCUUGUUAUCAUAGUACACGAAGAUAAAUUUACACAAAUACCAGAAAUAAUUUAUGAGGAGGUCGAAGAAGAACAAGAAACAAGGAUUGCCGAACCCGGAGAACCGGGUUGGGAAUAUAUUCGCAUCAAACUACCCGAAGAAUUUCAAAUAUCACUGGCAGGAAUAUGGGAGAACACUGAAACUGUGUACAUUAGAGAUUUCAAUCAGGUGAUGUUCAUGCAGCGGCUCAUUUUGAAUCCAAUCAUGCCCGCUGUUAAAUUUCUCGAGGAUUUCAUGAAAAUCAAUACUGAUAAACCGGACGACAAGCAGCUUUAUUUGAGAAAGUUUCAGCAAACCUAUAAUGAGUUUGAUGAUGAAAUCAGAAGUGAUGAGGAAUUCAAAGCUGAGCUUCAUUGUCGAGUCGAUGAAAUGAGAGAAAAACUGAUCGAAGUUUGCGACAGAAAAAUGAUGGAGACUGAACAACAACGGUGCUUUUUCCUGAAGAGAGGGUGGGCUCCAAAACAACUUAUAGAAUUAAUGAACAACUACGUGAACGCCUUACAACUGGAAAUUGACAGACACGCGGACACAUUCAUAUUUUUGAAUGAUUAUUAUACGGGGCUCCUUACAAAAAUGCCAAACGACGAUACAAUAACGAAGGAAAUUUUGGCAAGAUAUGAAAUAGAAGAUCCUGAAAUUAAUGAAUCCGUAAUAAAUUUGCUGGAAAAUGUUGAAAGUGAUGGAAAUCCUCUAAGCGAUAAAAUAGACCAAAUUUUCAAUAAAGUUUUGAUCAUCACAAACAAAUUUGACACUUGGACAUGGUCAGUUUUUGAAAGUAAAAAAGCUAAAUUAGAUCCAAAUGGAGAAAAGGGAAAAAUUGCGAAGAAGGAAAAAAAGAAUAAAACUGGUAAAAUACUUUAGUAGUAACGAUGGCAUAAGGAAUGUUUGUGCACAAGAGUUGAUGUUUCUCUAGAUAAACAAAGUGUUUAUAGAUGAGAGUAGUUGCUCUAAUUUAGGGAAAAUUUGAUAUUCGUUAUAGCCCCAUGAAAUGAUUUUUAUUGUAA